AUGAAAUUGAUCAUAAUAGCCGCUUUCAUCGGGGUUUGCGCCGCUGGCGCUCUCCCGCCGUACAACCAGCAGUACCGCUACUACCAGGACCCCAGGCCAAGGGCUGCGUUGGAGAGGAACGCGGCUAUCCUGAGGUCUGAUUCCGAAGUUAACGAGCAAGGCUACCGCUUCGCUUACGAGACGGAAAACGGCAUCGCGGCCGAGGAGAACGGCCGCGAGGCUGACGGGAUCCAGGCCCAGGGCGCGUACUCCUACGUGGGUGACGACGGCCAGGUGUACAGCGUGAGGUACACAGCGGACUCGAACGGCUUCCAGCCGCAAGGGGCCCAUCUGCCCACGCCGCCACCGGUCCCAGAGGCCAUCUUGAGGGCAUUGCAAGAGAACGCCAGGGACGAGGCCAGCGGCAUUUUCGACGAUGGCAGUUAUCGUGACGCCAAAUACUCGGCCCCCAGCGUAGUGGCAGCUCGCAACCGCUACAACCCCUACAGGCCCAACCUCGCCGCUUACAGAAACUAC